AUGUUCUACGCGUGCCUGUCUGGUCUCAGUACUCAACGCAACGGAUGUGCUGGCACGCCCGCGAGUCCCCUGCCUUUGUUGGGUGUUGCCUGGUCACUCCCGUUCGUUGUCUCUUUUGCUCGGCUACGGGCCUACUACCUUGCACGGUCUUACGUGCCCCUUGCAGCCCGACACAGUCCUAACGGUUCCUUCGGCCACUCCUGCGUCUUUUGGCUUGGCAUGCGGCUGCGGUGGUCGUCGGUCGAGGCGGGGAUUCUCAAGUUUUAUGAGGAUAUAGAAGUCACCACAUUUUUGGACGAGCAAGAACCGACCGAGUUUGAGGGUCCACUUCGUUUCGAUGCUUGGUCUCGCUGGAUCGGAGAGACAGUGAUGGAGCCGCAUGUCUAUGUAGACCAGACAUGGUCUAGCUGGAUUGCAGUUAACGGGUGCGAGGACCGUGAGGGUGCGUCGCCAACGAGAAUUGAUGAAAGCAUGAUACCGCGAGCUUCUAUCUCCAUACCAGCCAACCCCACUCGCUUUGGCCUUUCAGCUCUCGACAAUAAUCUCCAUCUAGCGGAAAAUGAGGACAAGGAGUUAGAGCCAUUUGAUUUUCUCAUCGAUAGGGAGCGUGUCAAGAUGUCACGAUCCUAUAACAGUUUCGGUCGAAGAUGGAGAGCGGACGGGAUAUGUACACGUGAAUUAAAUGGACAUUUUGACCAAGUUACUUUUAUUUGUAAGGUGAACCCAAAGGUUGUGAGUGGCCUUAAUCGGAUUGUUACUUAUGCUGCUAAAGACAGGACGAUAAGAUUGAAGAAGUUUGUUGCGAAGGAUAAGGUGGUUUAUGCUCCAAUGUUUGUCCAUGAGGACAAAGACAUACUCGAAGGAGACGAGAAAUUAUGCGUAUCAGAUAGGGUGGAUCGUCAUCGGGCGAACCGAAGAUCACUCUAUCAGUUACUUGCGAACAAGAAUAGUUGUUCACAACCUAGAUGGACAUGA